GUGAUAACCUAUCAUUGGCUUACCCAAUACCUGGCCGCAAUCUACAUGCUGAGCUGCCUGUAAAUAACCACAAAUAUGACGAUGUGUUUAAUAUGUGUUCCAAUGUUUUUGGAAUUGAACCAGAUUUUCAAAUCAGUCCGUCCAAAUACCAUAGCAACCAGGAGAAAUUACCUGCCAAAAGUAGCAUAGUGAACUGGAAGAGAAAACUGAGUGACAGCGUUGCUAUGGGAGCAAAAACUGUGACAUUUGUGGAUACAUUGCAUCCAGGAACGACAGCGAACCAUGCUCCAGUUCUCGGAAGACGCCAUGAAAGAACUCAUGAGAAGUUUGUGGUGCGAUCUCAAGCAGUUGCCGCCAUUUAUCCAGAAGAUGUCAAUCCACAGAUGCCAAGCACUAGUAGUCAUGGCAAUAGCAAUAACCAUAGGAAUACCCAGGAUACACAGACAGUUUUUAAUAACAACAAUAGCUGCAAAUCAGCUGGCAAUACUAGCAGUAGUUCAGGGACAACUGGUGCCAAUCCAGUUGAAAGGAGAAGAAAGCUGUUUUCAAACUCCAAGGCUGUCAGUGUCUGCAUACUACACAGGCCCUGGUGCUGCCUGGCAACUUGAUGGCAAUGCAGGCAUAGAGAAGACUCGAUCCUCAUCCGAGGAAGACCUCACAGGUUCAAGAGCCUGGUUGUUACAGAGUACCACUCAGCCUGGUGAAGCGUUUACACCUGAAACUGAGAGAAGAAUGCGUAAUGCUAGCAGCGGAAGCGGCCUUGCCAGGCUAGCCAGACGGCUCAGUCAAAGGGGAGACAAACGAGAGCACGGGGAACGAACGCCUGCACGGCGACAACGUUCUAUUUCAGUCGAUUGCGGAGAUGUUCGGAAAGCUCAGAGUAUGGAAAGCUUACUCAGUCCCAACAAUAACGAAAUUAAAGCUUCGUCAAUUCCGCCAUCGCCAUCAGCUCCGCAAAGGUUGUACCGCAAACUGUCGGGCAAAAGACGAGAUAGUGUUGUCCCCGUAGAUGCAGACAAAACUGAUAAAGAAAAAACUAAAAAGUCUUCCCGGGGAAUCACUGACAUUAAAGCUCUAUUCGAAGCUGUUGAACACCAGGACAUAGAGGCUGCAAAGGGAAUUUUAGAAACCAAUGGUUUAGAUAUAAAUGCAGUGAAUUGUGAAGAAUUUACAGUACUAGACAUUGCAGUGAUGACAAAUAAUACAUCAAUGGCAAAAUUACUGCUUGCCAUGGGAGCAAGGGAAAAUCCAAGAUUUUUGCUAAAAGAAGCACGACUGGCACGGUUAAUAGCGUUAAUCAAUGAAGGGGAACACAGAGUUGAAGAGCUGACAGAUUUAGUCUUGAAUUCAAAUUCUGCAAAUUCAACGUCAAACACACAGCUUAAGGAAAAUGAAAAACUUUUAAAGGAAUGGGAAUGGAAAUUCCGAUUGCUGAAACGAAUGCGAGCUGGCUAUGAGCAUGCAAGACCUCCCGAGUGUCCCAAGAGUGUUACCGUGACGACAGCCAGUAGUUCAUCACUUCAUGUUCUGCUUGAGGAGCCUGCAAAUAUCAAUGGUGCUGUGGUAACAAGAUAUAAAAUUGAGUGGUGUACAAGUGAAGAUUUCUCCUCUCCAUGUGGAGAACACAUACUAUAUGAUGUUAACAAUCUAUCCUAUACAAUACAAGGUUUAAAACAGGGUGUCAAGUACUUCGUUCGGGUCUCAGCGUUUAAUAUGAAGGGAUUUGGACCGUUUCAAACAUCAACACCUCCUUAUGCGAUUCCAUCAUGUUGGCGUGAUGUGGACGGUACCAAGUCUCGUUCUAGUGGGCGACUAACGAUGAUUGACGAUCUUUUUAUGCAGUAUUGCAAUUCAAGGCCUGCAGAUUCUAUGGAGCUAAAAUCAAAUUCAUCACCAAAAUCAUCACCAAGUCAAGUGAGAAAAACAGUCAAGAAAAGCAUUAAAACUUUCUUCCAGUCUGCACCUAAAUUUCAAAAGAAUCUCAAAAGGGGAGUCUACCUUGCGGCUUUAUUUUUCAAUGAAGAUCGUGUUCUUGUAACCACAGACGAUCAGAUUCCAAUUGUUGAAGUGGAUGAAAAUUUUUCAAGUAAUAUUCACCACGACUUUCACUGGCUUAUGAAGGUUGCUUGUACGUGGGAGGAUGUGGAUGUACUUCGGUCAGAAAUGGAACGCAGUAUGUCAUCAUCGACAGUAGCUUUUCGAAGUAAACUCCUUCAAGCAGUUGCUCAGUUACAGACAGUAUUAGGCAUACAAGAUUUAGGACAAUUAUAUUACCAGCCAGCCAAGGACAUGAGUGGUAGUCUCAUUAUUACAACUGUUAACUACAUAAAAGACCCAAAAGUGUUACAGUCUGUAUCCUUAAAAUGGACACCUCUUGCUAGAAUACAAAGAAAAUGGAUUGGAACACCUGAUAGUGAAGAACCAUCGGCACCAGAUUUACUAAUGACUUCAAUCCCGGAGAAGAUCCUCUACCAUCAAGUCAGCACUGUUCCUCUGAGUCGAGGUCUUUAUGUUGGUUAUCUUAAAUUAAGGAGCUCUGUGGAUAUCAUUCGUGUUAUGGUGCCGGAAAAAACUCCCAAUGUACUGCCACAUAUAAAAAUUCGGGAUAAUCCCAAUGUAUCUAGGGAAGAGUGGGAAUGGCUGCAGCAUUUUGAUAUCAGUGAGGUAAAGAACGCUCCAACCAGUACGCAGUUGGAAUUUCAAGAGAAGCUAGUGACAGCAACUAAAUGGUUACUAAAUAAGCUUGCAGUGUCUGAGGAUCAAGUUUGCAAUCAUCGGAUAUGUGACCUAGAAGUUAUUGAGAUGAACGAAGAGGUGUCUUUUAUUCUCCUUGUCCCAGCAGCAGUAGAUGUGUGCAGUGUUCCAGGUCAAACAGAUGACCUCAUGUCUGAUAAAGAAUACAUUUUGCUCCCUGUUCCCGUGUUUGAAAUGGUACAUAUGACAACGUAUCAACCAGAGUUCAUUCGUCGUUAUGCUCGGCUGUCCUCCAUUUUGGAAAUGGAUAGUUUAAUCGCGCAACACAUGCAGCGUGAAGCCUUCUCUGAUUCAGAAGUCAACGAAGCCAAACUAAGAAUUCAUCAAAUUGCAGAAUUUCAGCAGAUCCUAGAAUGUACAUGGAAAGGAAUGCGUUGGAUCAUGGAUAUUUUACAGUAUGCUAGAGAUAAGCAAAUCAAAGGUGGUGCCCCUCUUCUGGUACUUUAUGCACCCCCACCUUCACCAGUGGAUUCACCCUGUCUUGAGAAGAGACCUCAGCGAGCACACUGCAAACUUCGAAGACAGAGUCUAGUUGGAAGUGGGAGUGAUAUCGCUAGCUAUACUGGCAGUGAGGCUAGCAGUACAUCAGACAGCCGCUCCAAUUCACCCAGACGACAUCGAUGCGACAGAUUGGGGUUUGGAAGCCAAGAUGAAAUGACCACCAGUACCUGCACAAGUACAUCAAGCAGUGCGGCGAGCUCGCCGAGUCACAGUAGAGAACGAAUUAAUGGAGGCACGUCACCAACAACAGUGAUGUCAUCGCUGCAACCAGCGAAUAGCAAAUCAGGGAUACUUCGAGUUUACCCCUCAUACAAGACAGGGUUAGCACAGGGAACAAGUUUAAAGCUUCAUGUUACGACAAGGACGAGCGCAAGAGAAAUCAUCAACCUAGUUGUACAGCAGCUGAACAAAGCGAUUCAGACAAAAGGACUUGAUGCACCAAUUUACAGUGACGAUCAAUUGGACGAUUUCUGCCUGGUUGCCGUCAUCAGUCACAAGGAACACAUGCUUCGGGACGAUUAUAGUCCUUUGCAGUUACAGAACCCUUGGACAAAGGGAAAGCUUUACGUCAAAUUAAAAGACCCAGCAAUAUCUGUGUUACAAGUCGCACAGAGUACAACUGUAUAG